AUGAAGCGGAAAAAGAUGCCGUCGCAGAAAGAUGUUUGCGAUCUUUGCGAAAAAGCUGGCGAAGUAUUUUCAAAAUUUGGACUGUUAUUACGUGAUUUAGACAGUAGUUCAUUAUUAGUAGCACAGGGUUCCGCUGAAGAGAAUAAAAUACCACAACAACAAGAGGAACUUCAAACGAAAGACUAUUUCGGCGUUGGAUGGGAUGCACAAAGUGUUAAAAUGCUUCGUGAAGCUGUUCAAAAUUUUUCAACGGCACUUCGAGACAUUUCCACUGUUGUCGCUGAAAAGCGAACACGAGAGCGCUUCUUAUUUUGGUUUUGUCCUUUUGAACAACCGAAAGAUUCACAUUCAAAACUAUUAACAGAAACUGAAUAUGUAUUCGAGGUACAACAUCAUACCGUUAAACCGAGGCACAUGGUUGAUUAUGAAAAUAUCUACAAUGAUUAUAUAUCAGAAAUAAUUGAAAAAUAUAAAGUACAAGGCUUAACACAUACCGGAUCAUGGCGUGUACAUAUUGGAAAUAUUCAAAAUCAAUUUGUACACAUUUGGAUGUUUAAAAAUUUUUCACAAUUUGAUGAAUUUGGGAGUGAUUUUCGAACAGAUGAUGAUAAAAUAUUAAAAUAUCGACAAAAAAUGAACGAAAUGUUAGUUCAACGUGCAAAUCAAGUCUGUUUAUCAUUCAGUUAUUGGGGUAUACCACAACCACGACCACUCGAAAGUGGAAGUCGACAAAAUAAUAUAUAUGAAAUGCGAAGUUAUUGGUUAAAACCUGGAACAUUAAUCGAAUGGGGUAAUAACUGGGUUAAAGGUAUUAAAUAUCGACCAGAUGCAAAAGUCUUAGGAGUUUUUUCUCAAAUUGGUGAAUUAUACAAUGUUCAUCAUAUGUGGUGCUACAAAGAUUUUCAUAAUCGAAAAUUAACACGUUCUGCUGCUUGGGGACGACCAGGUUGGGAUGAUAAUGUUGCUUAUACAGUGCCAUUAAUAAGAAAAAUGGAAUCAAAAAUACUUGUACCGUUAAAAAAUUCGCCCAUGCAGUGA